CACCAAUUCACAAGCACCAUUCACCAUGGACAUGAUGAGCUCCUCCCGCCGAAGGGCUCUGGAGACACGGAGUAUACGCCCGCCGACAUCCACCGUGCGCUCGUGGGCUAAAAGCAGCCCUCUGUCGUUCAAAAGAACCACGAAUGUGUCUUCCUCCAGAGCCGCGUACAGCCCCGCCGUGCUCGCGUCUCCUGACGGGUUCGAGCUGAGCGCGGCACUCAAUGGAGAUCCGGUGCGCAAUAACGAGAAGGAGCAGCUCCAGGGGCUCAACGACCGCUUCGCCAGCUACAUCGACAAGGUUCGCUUCCUCGAGGAGCAAAACAAGCAGCUUGAGGCGGAGAUUCAAGCGCUAAAGCAGCAGAAACUGUCGCAGUCUCUGCAGACCGAUGCGUACGACCGCGAGCUCCAAGACCUGCGCUGCGCCCUGGAGCAGCUCCACAAGGAGAAGGCGCAGAUCCUGCUGGACACCGACCAUAUGGACGAGGAUCUCCAGCGGAUCCGAGAGCGCUACGAAGAUGAAUCCCGGCUCAGAGAGCACAUGGAUGCUGCGAUCCGAGGCAUGAAGAAAGACAAAGACGACUCGGUUCUCAUGAAGAUGGACCUGGAGAGGAAAGUUCAGGCGCUCGUGGACGAAAUGGACUUCUUGCGGCAGAACCACGAGGAGGAGAUCAGCGAGCUUCUAGCUCAGCUUCAAGCCGCGCAGGUGCCGGUGGUGGAGAUGAGGGACCUCCAGAAGACCGACAUCACCUCUGCGCUCCGGGAUAUCCGCGCGCAGCUGGACGGGCUGUCCUCCAAGAACCUCCAGCAGGCUGAAGAAGUGUUCAAGUGCCGCUACGCCAUGCUGACGGACGCCGCGGAACAGAACAAGGAUGCUAUAAAGUCCAUACGGGACGAGAUCGGGGACUACCGCCGUCAGAUCCAAGGCAAGAGCGUCGAACUGGAGGCUCUUCGAGGCACCAAAGAUUCACUGGAGAGGCAGCUGCAUGACAUCGAGGACCGCCAUAACACCGACGUGUCCAGUUAUCAGGAAAUGAUUCACCAAUUGGAAAACGAUCUAAAAGGAACGAAAUGGGAAAUGGCUCGUCAUCUCCGGGAAUAUCAGGAUCUGCUCAACGUCAAGAUGGCACUGGAUGCAGAAAUAGCCGCUUACAGGAAACUGCUGGAAGGUGAGGAGACUCGCUUCUGCGCCGCCGUAACCGCAUUUGCCUACAGCCAGCCAAAAACCUCAAAGGUCAAGCAUAAAAUAGUGGAGGAGAUCAUCGAGGAGACCAAAGGAGAAAGCGACAUCGAUGAUGAUCUGGCAGAGGUGGCAAAAGAGGUGGCAGAAGAGGCGGAAGAGGAAGAGAAGGAGGAAGAGGAGGAGACUGUUGCUGCCAGUCAGGCCAAAGUGAGUUCAGCCGCUCCCGAAGGAGAAGAAGAGGAAGAAGAAGAAGGAGGAGAUGAGGAAGAAGAAGCAGAAGAAGGAGAAGCUGCUGCUGAGGAGGAAGAAGAGGAAGACGAGGAAGGAGAGGAGGAAGAGGAGCCACAAGUGGAAGUGAUCGAAGAGACCGAGCUGUGCGGUGAGAAAUCUCCAACAUCAGAGAAAGAGGGCAGCGAAAAAGAAGAAGAGGAAGAUGAAGGUAAAGGAGAGGAGAAGGAAGAUGAGGAUGAGAAAGAAGACACCAAAUCUGAAGGAGAAGGAGAGAAGAAAGAGGAAUCAGGAGGAGAAGAAGAGAAGAAAGAAGAAUCAGGAGGAGAAGAAGAGAAGAAAGAGGAAUCAGGAGGAGAAGAAGAGAAGAAAGAGGAAUCAGGAGGAGAAGAAGAGAAGAAAGAGGAAUCAGCUGGAGAAGAAGCUAAGGCUGAUUCAGAGAAGGACGACAAGAAAAGCGACACAGAAGAAGAUGAAAAGAAAUCACCUGUAAGUGAGGAGAAAGCUGAAAGUCCAGCGGAGGAAAAGAAGCAGGACGAAAAGCAAGUCGACAAGGUAGUCGUAGCCAACAAUAAAGAAGAAGCCAGUCCAAAAGAAGAAGUCCAAACCAGAACGGUGGAAACCAUCACCAACGGAGACAAAGAAACCAAAGCAGAACCAGAGAAGGAGGAGAAGAAGCCUGAAGAAAAGCCUCAGGAGAAAAAGAAAGUGGCCAAAAAGGUGGAGAAAGUGGCUCCGCAGGUGAAGAAGGAGAUCAAGGGAAAAGACUGACGCGAGUGACUCUGCCAGGGAAUUAGUUAUAAUCAAUUGUUAGGCAUAAUUCUAUUUGAUGCAAAAUGUGAACAAACCCCCAACCCGAGCGGCGUUUGAUGCAGCUAGCCAAUAUAAUUGCAUGCGUGUUGAAUGACUGACUUGCAUGUGUGGUUUUGGUGGUGACGUAGCCACGCUGAGCCGCUGCGUCUGAAACAGAAUUAAAGCGCAUUUGCAUUAAAGUGCGAGUACAUUAGGCUGCUAAUGAAGGCGAGAGGUUUUACAGCGAUGCCAGUUCAUCGGCGGUUCUCUUGGCAAUAAUGGUGCUACUUCAAUAUCAUCAUUCGCAGGCACACUUUGAGCAGAAACUCCAGUUAUAUAUGAUGUCUUUCUAAUAUACUUCUUGCCUUAAGACGUAAUGCACUGAAUCAACGAGAAGAGUCGGGUUGUUAACACACAAACAGCUGUUAACAGAGAUACUGUGAAAGCUACUGUAAAGUUGCUGCUCUUUGCAAUAUCACCUCAAUCAAUAAAAGCUCAUCAAGUCCUUACAAA